AUGGCCGACAAGCUUCGUACUCUUCAGAAUCUUGAGGCCCUGCAGGCCCGUUACAUUGGCACUGGCCACGCCGACACGACCAAGUACGAGUGGACCUCCAACAUCCUCCGCGACAGCUACGCCUCGUAUGUCGGCCACAACCCGCUGCUUUCCUACAUGUCCGUUGGCAUGGGCGAAUCCAAGGAGAAGGUUCGCACCAUGAUGCUCGAGAAGAUGGUUCGGGGCGCUGGUAAUCCUCCAGAGACUCAAGAGUAA